AUUUCUCAUAUUGGAAAGCUGAAAGAUUUUCUUCUGCAACAUAGAAAGGAUUACAUUAAUGCUUACAGCCAUAUUAUGUCUGAGUAUGUGAGGAUGACAGAUACAGAGCGUGAUCAGAUAGAUCAAGAUGCUCAGAUAUUUAUGAGGACAUGUGCCGAUGCCAUUCAUCAGCUGAGAACAGAAGCACACAAGGGUGUCCAGUCUGCUCAGGUAAAGGAGCACAGAACAGUUGUCUUGGACUUCAUUGAAGAUUACUUAAAAAGAGUGUGUAAGCUGUAUUCUGAACAAAGAGCCAUCCGAGUUAAGCGAGUGAUAGAUAAGAAGAGACUGUCCCGACUUGAACCUGAGCAGAGCAAUGUCUCCAAAUCACCUCUUUCCCCUGAAAAAUCUUCACAGAAUCCUUUAGAUGAUUCUGAAGAAAAACUUUCUGCUGAGGAAAGCAAAGGCAGGAAUCUGCCUGAUGCCCAAAGUAAUCUUGGAUUAUGGGGGGACAGCAAAGGUGAAGAUGAGCUGUCACCUGAAGAAAUACAAAUGUUCGAACAGGAGAACCAGAGACUCGUUGGUGAAAUGAAUAAUCUCUUUGAUGAAGUCAGACAAAUUGAAGGAAAAGUGGUGGAAAUCUCCAGAUUACAAGAGAUAUUCACUGAAAAAGUCUUGCAACAGGAAACUGAUAUUGACAAUAUCCAUCAAUUAGUCGUGGGUGCAACAGAGAAUAUCAAAGAAGGCAACGAAGACAUAAGAGAGGCAAUCAAAAACAAUGCUGGAUUUCGAGUAUGGAUCCUAUUCUUCCUUGUGAUGUGUUCAUUUUCCUUGCUUUUCCUGGACUGGUAUGAUAAUUAA